GGAGCUCCGCCCCCGUCUGACUCCGAGUGGGCGCUGCGCAGGGAGCCCACGGGCGAGUCUGUCUCCACUACGCCCCGUCCGCUCCUGUUCGCGCUGGGUCUCCGGCAGCCGGGCGGACCCGCCAUGGGAGCUUACUCGCUCCGGGCGCCCCCAGUUCUGCUGCUGCUGCUGCUGCUCCCAGUGGCCAGUGGCUCCGAGGCCGAGCACCGUCUGUUUGAGAAGCUGUUUGAAGGCUACAACGAGAUCAUCCGGCCUGUGGCCAACGUGUCCGACCCCGUCAUCAUCCAGUUUGAGGUGUCCAUGUCCCAGCUGGUGAAGGUGGAUGAAGUAAACCAGAUCAUGGAGACCAACCUGUGGCUCAAGCAAAUCUGGAACGACUACAAGCUGAAGUGGAACCCUGCCGACUAUGACGGGGCGGAGUUCAUGCGUGUCCCUGCACAGAAGAUCUGGAAGCCAGACAUCGUGCUGUACAACAAUGCCGUCGGGGAUUUCCAGGUGGACGACAAGACCAAAGCCUUGCUCAAGUACACGGGGGAAGUGACGUGGAUCCCUCCAGCCAUCUUUAAGAGCUCGUGCAAAAUCGACGUGACCUACUUCCCGUUUGAUUACCAGAACUGCACCAUGAAGUUCGGGUCCUGGUCCUACGACAAGGCCAAGAUCGACCUGGUGCUCAUUGGCUCCUCCAUGAACCUCAAGGACUACUGGGAGAGCGGUGAGUGGGCCGUCAUCCGGGCCCCCGGCUACAAGCACGACAUCAAGUACAACUGCUGCGAGGAGAUCUACCCCGACAUCACGUACUCGCUGUACAUCCGGCGCCUGCCGCUCUUCUACACGGUCAACCUCAUCAUCCCCUGCCUGCUCAUCUCCUGCCUCACCGUGCUCGUCUUCUACCUGCCGUCUGACUGCGGCGAGAAGGUGACGCUCUGCAUCUCCGUGCUGCUCUCCUUGACCGUCUUCCUGCUGGUGAUCACCGAGACCAUCCCAUCCACCUCGCUGGUCAUCCCCCUGAUCGGCGAGUACCUCCUGUUCACCAUGAUUUUCGUCACCUUGUCCAUUGUCAUCACCGUCUUUGUGCUCAACGUGCACUACAGAACCCCGAGCACGCACACAAUGCCCACGUGGGUGAAGACCAUAUUCCUGAACGUGCUUCCCAGGGUCAUGUUCAUGACCAGGCCGGCUGACAACCAGGGCACCACUCAGAGGCCGCGACCCAUCUACAGUGCUGAGCUCUCCAACCUGAACUGCUUCAGCCGCACGGAGUCCAGAGGCUGCAAGGAAGGCCACCCCUGCCAGGACAGUAUGUGCAGCUACUGCCACCACCGCAAGGUGAAAAUCUCCAAUUUCAGUGCCAACCUCCCAAGAAGCUCCAGCUCUGAUUCUGUCAACGCCGUACUGUCCGUCUCUGCUUUGUCACCGGAAAUCAAAGAAGCCAUCCAAAGUGUCAAAUAUAUUGCUGAAAAUAUGAAAGCACAAAAUGAAGCCAAAGAGAUUCAAGACGACUGGAAAUAUGUUGCCAUGGUGAUCGAUCGCAUUUUUCUGUGGGUAUUCAUCCUGGUGUGCAUUUUAGGGACAGCCGGGCUGUUUCUGCAGCCCCUGAUGGCCCGAGAUGACUUGUAAACACUGUGCUGUGUAUCUGCCUGAGGCGAAUGGGGGGGAGGCUCUGGUUUUAAAUUGUGCUAAAACACACUUAACAUAAAAUUUAGCAUCUUUACCAUUUUACGUGCACAGCUCAGUGGUAUUAAAUACAUUCACUCUGCUGUGCUGCCAUCACCUCUAUCCCCAGAACUCUUUGCAUCUUGUAAAACUGAAAAUAUACGUAUAUCAGUUAAACAAUAACUCCCAUCCUCCCCUCCCUCAGCCCCUCGCAACCACCAUUCCAUGGUCUGUCUCUGAGUCUGACUAUCCCAGGCACCUCAUCUAAGUGGAAUCAGUGACCAUCUUUUUGUGACUGGCUUGCUUCACUCAGCACAACGUCCUCCAGGUCCAUCCACGUCGUAGCAGAUGUCAGAAUGUUUUGCUAUCCAUUCAUCUACUGAUGGACACCGGAGUUGUUCCCAAGUUUUAGAUAUUGUGGAUAAUGCUGCUGUGAACAUGGCUCUAUAAAUAUCUCUUGGAGACUCUGCCUUCAAUUCUUUUGGACAUAUACCCAGAAGUGGACUUGCUGGAUCAUAUAGUGAUGCUAUUUUUAACUUUCUGAGGAAGCACCAUAUUGUUUUCAGCCAUGGCUGCACCAUUUUACGGUCCCACUAAUAGUGCACAAGAGUUCCGAUUUCUUCACAUUCUUGUCAGCAUUUUGUGUUUUUUGGACAGUAGCCAUCCUCAUGGGUGGGAGGUGGUAUCUUGUUGUAAUUUUGAUUUGCGUUUCUCUAAUGAUCAGUGAUGUUGAGCAUCUUUGCAUGUGCUUAUUAACCAUUUGUGUAUCUUUCUGGAGAGAUGUCUGUUCAAGUCCUUUGCACAUUUUUGAAUUUUUUGUUUUGUUAAUAUGUAUACAUGCUAUAUAUUCUGGAUAUUAAUCCCUUACCAGAUAUGUGAUUUGCAAAUAUUUUCUUCCAUUCUGUGGGUGGUCUUUUUACUCUGUUAAUAUUAUCUUUUGAUGCACAAAAUUCUUAAAUUUUCAUAAAGUCCAAUUUGUCUAUGUUUUUAAAUCUGUGCCUGUUGUGUCAUAUACAAGAAAUCACUGCUAAAUCCAAUGUCACAAAGCAUUUAUCCUUUUUUCUUCUAAGAGUUUUAUUGUUUUAGGCUCUUUCUUAAUAGUAACACAUUUUAAUCAAGCUACUGGCUUUGUUUUUUUUUUGGCAUUUCAAGGUAUACUUAUUAUCCAGUUGUCUUGAUUUUUGUCAACAAAGAUUCAUGCAAGAAAAAUGUCAAGAGGAUUUAGUAUGGAUAAAUGGACAUUCACCAGCUUUUCUGGUAAAGUAAAGCAAUGUUAGAAUGUAAUCAUCUACAGUGACAAGUGGUAUGCUGUGCUAGGCAACACGUAAAAAUGGGCUAAACAGGAAAACUGACCCCCUUUUUUUUCCGGGGGUUGAAACAUAACUGGAUAGAAAACCUUGCUGCUGUUCAGAAAUGGGAACAUCAUUUGGUUCAGUCUCACAACAGACUUCCCCUGCGUGUUCUUACUUAGCCCAUAACCUCCUUGGAGUUUUACACCAUGUCGCAGUACCCCAGUACUGUUUCUAACCACACACUUCUUGUUCUUUAUUGUUCUCCAAGAGUCUGAGGGCUGUGUCCCCAUGGCCAAGGGCCUCAACGACUCAUGUCGCCAAUUCUAAGUCACUAUACAUGGGAAAGUGCCCGCUCACACAGCUGCUGUCAAUGCACCUUUAGAACGGGGACAUUUUCAGCUGGAUGAUUGUGUUGGGGGAUCUGUCCUGUACAUUGUAGGGUCUUCAGCAGCAUCCUAGCCUCUACCCACUAGAUGCCAACAACAUACCCCAUCUCUUGCCAUUUGUGACAAACAAAAAUGUCUCAAAAAAUUGUUAAAUGUCCCCUUGAGGGCACAAUCGCCCCUGCUGAGAACCACUGCUUUUAACAAAUUAUUAAGAAGCGAGCAGCCCACACAACAGUUGUGAAUCUGAAUAACCACGGCAAGAGAUGAUGACACACAGAGACUGUUUUCACCUUCUCACUCUUCACUACAAUGUUUUUCCCAAGCCAAAAUAGAACGGACAAAACUGCAGCCCAUAGUGACUCGUGUUAAGUAAAAGGGAAGAUUUCUAUAAAACUUCUUUGCUUAUACAAAUUUUAAGUAACAGUAAAGGAGACGUAAGAGGGGUCAGGGAUGUAUACAUGCUAAGAUAGCUAACAAGCAAUUUAAAUUCACCAAACCAGACUUUCAUUCAUUAAAUGGCAUUAAACACCAGCCUACAGUAACAUGCAAAGGAGACAGGACGCCCUCUGCCUUCCAAAGAGUACUGACUUGAACUCAGACGGCUUGCGUAUUGUAAAUAAGUAAGGCAUUUGUCCUCUCAGGAGCAGAGUUCUAAACGGAAUGCAGUUCUAUCAGCGUUUCCUUCCCAGUCAUAGCUGAAUCAGGACACUUAGAGAAGAAAUGUAACUCGUUUCCUUGUGAUACAUGAUAGUGUGCUGAAUAAGCCGUGAUAGGCUAAGACAAAUGGUCGGAAUGAAAGUGAUAACAUUGAAACAUUACAAGUAUGUAAAACGAUGUGCUUAUACCCAAUUCAAAUACCCUCUUUAAUCUUGGAAGAUGGUGUUCUCACAGAACGAUUCAGUAGUAUCCACUGACAUGUUUUUAAAAUGGGAUUCCCUUCAUUGUCAUGGACUCCUCUAAGAUAAAAGAUAAAGAGGUGCUACCACAAUUUAUAUAGAAGAUGAUUCUAUGAACUGUGGAAAAUGCGGACGGGGAUUAAAAUUAAUGUUAAGGAGAUGCUACUGCAUGUCCACAGGCAUUGUCUGUUGUAUGAUUUCACAAUGGAAUGUAAGCUAUAAAAAUAAUAUUAUAAUUGUUCAGUUUAAGCAUCUACAGAAUAAAGAAAUCCUUAAAGG